GCUCCGCCUCCACGCCAGCUCUGCUGGACACAGGGAAGGGGACGGCUCACAGCUUAAGCUCCACCAUGGAUGCUAUCUGUCCCUUCUUGACAGAAAAGUGAGGCUUAAGGAGCUGGGGCCUUCAGCCGAGGACACGGACUCGCCGGGAUCUGACGGCCCCCAAGGCAGAGCCGGUGACGUCACAGAAAAACCAUGGGCUUGAGGCAGCGAGGUUGGGCUCCACUCCAGUGGCCUGGCCGUGUCGAGAAGGUGUGGUACCACCACACCCUGCUGAGAAGUGCCGGCCCCUCGGAUGGCUUUCUCGGCUCGCUCUGCAGACAAUACCAUGUCUCCCGUGGGGAGCCAUGUCUCCAGUAGCCUGCACGCCUGGGGUUCAGGUGGGGCCGACCCCACCCUGUGGCUUUAGACUCAGGAUGUGACCCAGUCAUGAACACAGACCUGGAGACUCUGCAGCAGCUGUGGGUGAAGAAGACACUCUUCCGGUGGGAGCUGCCAAGAUGAUAGGAUACGGCUUGGAACCGCAGGUGGCCAUCUUUCUCCGCCUGGGAACGAAGCCAGCAAAGAGGAAAGGGAACUAAGAGAUGGAGAGAGUGGGCCGUCAGGCAUCCGUAAGCCCCUGGGUCCAGCCACGCCUGAAGCCGACUGCACCCUUGGCCUAACCUGGUUGUAUGAGCCAAUGCCUUUCUCUGGUUGGGUUUAUGUUACAAAGCGUUCCAAUACAGGGCAGUAUUUUUCUUUGCUCUGAACUGUACUUUCUAUGCAAUGAAAUCCACUGAUGUGAAGUGUACAAUUUGGAAGUCUGGUCAGACGUGUACACCCCUGCAGAGACCACCGUAAUGGAGGUACGUAACGUUCCUCAUCACUGCCCGGAUGUUCUGUCGCUCCCACGCCAGCCAGUCCCUCCUGCCUCGGCCACUGACAGGCCUUUGCUCCAGUGAUUGCCUUUGCCUUUCCUAGAGUUUCCUGUGAAGAUUAUCGCCUGGUGUGCUUCUGUGUCACUGACCCAUGGCAGGUUUGGAGAGCCAUCCGUUUGCAUCAGCAGGGCAUUGCACGUGUGCACAUGGCUUGUCCAUGGAUCGGAUGCUGGCUGUUUAGAAUCGGCCAUGGAGAACACCCACAUGGCUGGCUGUGCACGUGUCUGUGUCAGUACCUGGACGGCCGUCUCGUUUUACAGUGGCAGAGACCGAGGCUCAGAGAGGUGGGUCGACUUGUCCAGGGUCACAGGGCUGGUGCAGGGGCAUAGCUGGAGUGCCCUUCAUGCAGGCAGCUGGGGGCCACUCAGGGAGGAGCUCACAGAACCCUGGAAGCAAGAGCACCACUGCGAGGAGGACGCUCAAGACAAGACACAGCCUUGACCCUCACCUGUCACCCCUCCGCCAGAGCCGUUUCUCCCUGUGGAUCCCAGGGCUUCAGCGGCGAUUUCUACCAAACAGAUCACACGCAGAACGCCAGGCACCGCCACCUCCGGGGAGAUUCAGAAGCACCUGUGCGCUGACCGUCGGGUCCCUGAGUGGGCCAGCAGAGGGCGAGACCUGCAGUGGAAAUCAUUCCAGCCAGAGAGAUCACCAUGGCGGCCCCUGCAAGUCUGGAGGACAAGCCGGUGACCCGAGUUCAGUCCGCUUCACGGCUCUCUGCCUGGGUCAGGCCGAGUACUCCCCCCAUGCCCAAGUGGGCCAUCACCCCGGGGUCCCACUGUGCUAAAGCCCCAGGCACCUCAGGACCUUCCAGUUUGGCGAGCCAAGGUGUCCUUGUCAUUUGAGCCGGCCUGUGACCACCCUCGUCCUGGCUAAUGCAGCUUGGCCAUGACACCCCCCUUCAGGACCCCAGGUGCCCCCGGGCUCAACGGAUGACCAGGGCGCCCCAGGAGCGGACACGAGUCCACAUUCCGCCUGCAUUAUCCCGGAUCCUCUCCACCCUCGAGGGAGGCACGGAGAAGUCAAGCCACAGAGCUGGAGCGAAGGUUUGUCACAUCCGUACAUCUCCCGUGCCUCCACCCAUCUCCGCUGCCCCACGCACUGGACCCCGGGCCGGAUGCUCUGCCUCAGGGAGCAAAGUCCCGGCAGCUCCACAGCUGAAGCCGACGGCGGCCGGGGUUUCCAAAGGGCAGGCAAAGGGGCCGGAAGUGCCAGGCCGGAAGUGUGGGCGGGGCUUGUGCUGGGGGGGUGGGAGGCUGCAGCCCUCGUGCUUGCUCCUGCCCGGCUGUGCGGCUCGGUGUGCGCCGUGCACGGCUUCCCAGCUGUCUCCCCGCCCCUCACUUCUGCUCCCACCUGUCCCCCACCUCACUUCUGCUCCCGCCGCUUUGCUGCUCUGGGAUUCUGCCUCCACCUCCAAGCGGAGCGCUUCAUUCCUUGCUAACGGCUGUUUCCCAGGGAACCCAGCGCUCCGGCUCCAGGGUCGGUCCAGCCACUGCGAUGCCGCAGCAGGUGUCGACUUGAGGGCGGAUGCGUGGUGGCGGGAGCGACUGUGCACUGCUGUGCUCUCGGCACGGGGCUGGCAGAGCAGGUGGGGACAAGGAUGCUGCCAUACUUCUCAGUGCCCUGAUCCCUUCCCACCCACGCACCAGGUCCUGUCGGCCGAGUCAUCUCUGUCCCCGCCAGGAUUACACAGGCUGUGGCCUGCCUGCUGCCUCUUCCGCCUGUUACGGGUGCAUCCGCGCUCCCUGGUCCUCCAGCUCAGGCGACAGCUUGACUCCAGAGAUGAAAAGAAACCCAUUACCGUGACUGUUUACCAGAACUGGGCCAUGAGCCCUCACUCCGGGCUGGGGCAGAGCUCACCAGAGCAGCCUCGUGGACCUGCGACCUGCACGAUCGCACAGAGCCCUGCCCGCUCAGUUAGGGCCCCGGUGCUUGCUUGGAUGCACACUGCCACCAUCUGGGAAUGCCUGACGAUUUCAGUUACACAGUUGUCGCCUUGCUGGCCGGGGCCUGGGCUUUCUGAGCAACUGUCCCCCUGCAGAGGCACCUGGGAGGAGAGUCAAGGUCUUCAGCCAGGCCCGGGGGCAGCGGUGAGGCGUUCAAGGAGAGGCCCUGGGCCUGAGCCUCACGUGUGCAGUCGGACAGGGCUUCGGCGAGUCCUCCCUAAGAUGCAGUGGGCCUCGGGGAGCAUCGGGCUGCGUGCCGAGUGGGGUUUGUGUGCUACCGAGGAGUCUGGGGCUGAACAGUCUGUCCUAGUGCUGCUUGUCAAUGGCAGGUCCCAGGUUCAAGUCCAGGCCUCUGGUUCUCAGACCUGCACCCCUCCUGCUCCAGCCUGCUGCAUCCUAUGCCUGUGGCAGACGUGGGGUUGGGUUCUCGCCCUGAUCUCCAUGUGCUGUGUGUCCUUUAGUGACGGACUUACUCUCUCUGGGCCACUCACCCCAGGGUUCCAACUGAGGGAGCUGAUGAGCUUUCAAAGUCCCUUUGAAACAAAUUUGUUAUGAAACCAAAUAGUGGAAGAGGAGAAGUCAUGUUUAUGGUCGAUUCCCGCUCAUCAGUGUAGAAGAAUGAGAUGGAACGCCAUUCUGCAGCCCGAAUGAAGCCACUCCAGUGAGCAUAAGUGGCGUCCAGCAUCAGCGACAGACUGACGCCCUGUGCUUCCUGAUAAGAGUUCAGUGCCACCUGCUGCCACCAUCUUGCAAGCAAGCCUCCUAGGUGAAUCUGACAGGUCACGUCUGGGUCUUACCACCGAUCUGUGGGAGAGACAGAACAGCAAGUGGCGCCGAACCACCUCCAGCCCGAAAGAGACUCACAAGAGGCCAUACCUAAAUUGACACAAACAGAAAGCCUUAGUGAGACCAGGUGGAAUGUGACCUCUGCCUGGCUCUCUGAUAUAAAAAGCGAUUAGGAAUCAUUAUUAUUACUUUCAGGGGUGACAAUGGUGUUGUGAUUGUGGUGGUGUUCUUCUGGCAAGGAAGUGUCCUUGUGGAGAUGGUGAAAUGACGUCACAUCUGGGACACACACAAGCCCAGAUGUGGAAGGGCAGGGGCGGCCUGGGCACUACAUGGGCUGACCCCGGCCACGCGUGAGUGAUGCAGAGGCAGCGGCUUGCUGUGCUCCUCUGAGUGCACUUCUCUAGUUUUCACAAAGUCCCUUCUUGCCCGUGGGGGAGGCCUGAGGGUGAGAGCUCCCGGGAUGGCCAGAUCAGGGACUGCUGUGGGGGACCAGCCUUGUCCCUUCCUCUCCCCCUCCCACGUCCAGGGUGGGGGCUGGGGCGUUGUGGUCACUGUCACCCAGGCUCAGAUCCAAAGCCUGGCUUUGUAUUGGGAUGAGCUCCUGGAGCUGGGCGCUGUGACUGCACAUGCUGGCCCCAGCCGGCCCCUUCCCAGGCACAGCCUCGGCCAUGUCAGGCCGUCUGGUCACCUGCAUAGGCAGGAGAAGGGGCAGCAGCUGGUGGGAGGUGCAGGGCGUUCCCAGACGUCAUUCCCACAACAUUGCUGAUGCUGGUGGUGGCCUGGGCAGGCGGAGCAUGCUCUCGGGCUCACCGCAUGGGGGUGCCCCCCCAGGACACUGAACGCAGACCAGCUUGGUGCAUGACGUCAAGAAGCCCAAGGCUUCUUGUACAUGUAAGGAGCUCAAAAACCUCAAAAGAAAAGCCACCCAGUAAGGAAAUGGUGAAGCUGAACAGACACAUUGCAAGACAAGAACUAUUAACGGCCAACAGAUACAUGAAGAAACACUCAGUAUCACCAGCCACCAGCAAAAUUCAGAUCAAAACCACAAUGAGAAAUCAUCUCACUCCAGUAAGAAUGGCUAGUGUCAAAAAGAUAAAAAAGUUUUUGGGCCAGGCAUUUGCUACAGCGGGUAAGGUGCCGCUUGGGACCCCCACAGCCUAUAUCCAUGUACCUGAGUUCAAGUCCCGCCUCGGCUCCCGGCUCCAGCUUCCUGUUGAUGUGCACCUGGGAGGCAGCCGGUGAUGGCUCAAGUACUUGGGUCCCUGCCACCCACAUGGGAGACCUGGAUUAAGCUUCAGGAUCCUGGCUUCAGACUGGCCCAGCGCUAACCUUGGUGGGUAUUUGGGGGACUGAACCAGUGUAUGGAAGAUCUCUGCCUGCCUCUGUCUCUGUCUCUCUACCUUUCAAAUAAGUGAAAAAAUAAUAAAUAAAUGACCGCAAAGGCUGACCAGGAUAUGGAGAAAAGGGAUCCCCAGAACACUGUUGGUGGGAAUCCAGUCAGUCCCGCAAUGCUGGGGAACAGUGUGACAGACCUCACAAACAGCCUGCACAGGACACAGCCAUCCCAGUUCUGGGUGCCCACCCGCAGGAACCGAAGCAGCCUCUCAGCCAGAUCCCUAUGAGCCACUAUGAUCCGGAACCAAGCUUGCUGUCCGCUGAUGGAUGGACAGAUGGACAAAGGUGAUGUGGUAUGUACACACAGAGGGAUAUUAAUCAGCCCUAGAAGAGAGGGAAAUCCUGACAGUUGCAGCAGGGUGGAUAGAGCUGGAGGUCAUUAUAUUAAGUGAAAUAAGCCUGAUACAGACAGAGACUCUGCAUGUUUUCUCUCAUAUGUGGAAGUUUAAAAGAAAAAAAAAAAAAACAAAGUUGCUCUGAGCUUAGAUUAGUGCUUAGAAGAGUCGGGGAAGGGCGAGGGGAGGUGGGAUAGAGGGAGGUUGAGUAAUGGUGCUCAAACACGUAGACAGGAAUGAUAGGUUUUUAUACAGGGAGACUAGGGCCCAGCAGAAAAUCCCACACUGUAUCAAGAGCUGGGAGACUCCAAACAGAAAGAAAAGAUAAGGAAAGGCGUGGGCAUUUGGCGAGGUGGCUGGGGUCCCUGCGCUCCGUGUGAGAGGGCCCGAGUUUGACUUCUGGCUCCACUCCUGUUUCUGUCCACCUGCUAAUGCUCACCCUGGGAGGCAGCAGGUGAUGGCUUAGGACUUGGGUCCCUGCCUCCUAUGUGGGAGACCUGGAUGGAGUUCCCAGCUCCUGGCUUUGGCUUCGACCAGCCCAGUCGUGCUGGCCAUUUGGGGAGGAUGGGAGCCAUCCUGUCGUUGUUACUGUCUUUCAAAUAAAUUUUUUUAAGAUUUAUUUAUUUGAGGCCGGUGCCACGGCUCAAUAGGCUAAUCCUGCGCCUGCGGCGCCGGCACACCGGGUUCUAGUCCUGGUGGGGCCGCUGGAUUCUGUCCUGGUCGCUCCUCUUCCUGUCCAGCUCUCUGCUAUGGCCCGGGAGUGCAGUGGACAAUGGCCCAAGUCCUUGGGCCCUGCACCUCAUGGGAGACCAGGAGAAGCACCUGGCUCCUGGCUUCGGAUCAGCGCGGUGCGCCGGCCGCAGCGGCCAUUGGAGGGUGAACCAACGGCAAAAAGGAAGACCUUUCUCUCUGUCUCUCUCUCUCUCACUGUCCACUGUGCCUGUCAAAAAGAGAAAAAGAAAAGAAAAAAAAAAGAUUUAUUUAUUUGGAAGAGUUACAGAGAGAGGUAGAGACAGAGAGAGGAGGAUCUUCCAUCUACUGCUUCACUCCCCAAAUGGCCACAACGGCCGGAGCUGAGCCAGGCCCAGCCGAAGCCAGGAGCUUCUUCCAGGUCUCUCACAUGGGUGCAGGGGCCCAAAGACUUGGGGCAUCUUUUAUGGCUUUCCCAGGCUCAUAAGCAGGGAGCUUGAUCAGAAGUGGAACAGCUAGGACUCGAACAGGCACCCAUAUGGGAUGCCGGCACUGCAGGACAGGACUUUAACCAUAGCACUAGCCCCUCAAAUAAAUAUCUUCAAAAAUGGAAAUUGAAAGGACAAGGAAUAGACAUACUAUUUGGUUUAACUGUAUACGUGUAUUGAAAUAUUGCAGGGUACCACAUAGAAUAUACACAUAUGCUAAUCAACAAUUUUUUAGAAAGAGAAAAAAAAUCCCCUUGGGUCCUAAAGAUCUGGCUAACAAAUGGUCAAAUUGUCAAAACUCUUCUUCAUUGGCUCAGAUUUAUUUUCUACUUAGAGUUAUAGCAUUAAAACAUGGAGAAGGUGUUUGAGGGCAGUUUGUCCCUGUUAGAGUUUUUUGUUUUUUAAAAGAUUUUAUUUAUUUGAAAGGCUGAGUAAGUGACAGGGACAGAGGGAGGGAGGGAGGAAGAGGGAGAGAGAAAGAGAAGACUUCCAUCCUCUGGUUCACUCCCCAAAUGGCUCAAAUGGCCAGGCCUGGGCCAGGCCAAAGCCAGAAGCCUGGAACUCCAUCUAGUAUGAUAGGGCCCCAAGUACUCAGGCCAUCUUCUGCUGCUUUCCCAGGCACGUUAGCAGGGAGCUGGAUUGCAAGUGGAGCUCUGAUAUGGGAUGCCAGUGUCUCAGGUGGUGUCUUAACCUAGAAACCCGCCCUAUGUAUAUUGUCAGAAAAAAAUGCAUCUAAAAUGUAUACAGAGGAAAAUUCAGUGCAGCCCUACUUAGAACAGCAAACACCUACAUGAUCGAUGAGCAGCAUUCAGGUGUACCCGGUCUGGUGUGGUACAGCCGGUUUAGGCCGCUCCUUGUGCUAAGGAGUAAGGGAGUACUAGCUCAAGUCCCAGCUGCCUGACUUCCGAUUCAGCUCCCUGCUAAUGCACCUGGGAAGGCAGCAGCAGAGGACCCAAGUUCCAGGCUCCCGGCUUCAGCUGGCCCAGCCCCAGCUGUUGCAGCCAUGUGGGGAGUAAACCAGUGGAUGGAAGAUUGAUCUAUCUCUGCCUUUCAAAUAAACUAAUUAUUUUUUAAAAAAAUUAAUUGAGGUACACCUGUGAGUUGCCCUGCAGUAGUUACAAAGAAUGAGGUGGGACUCUGGGUACUGAAAAAGAAACAUCUCUAAGAUGAAAGCGAGCUGAAGCUAGGAAGGGACUGGUAUAUUCCUUGCAGUUUUUUUUUUUUUUUUUUCCUAGUUGACAACAAGGCAAACUACUAGGAAUUCUUGUGGGAAGGAACUGGAGCUGCCAGGGAUCAGGCCGGAGCUCAGCUGUUCACUCCUCCCUUUGUGUACUGUGAAUUGUUCCCCAUGCACACUUCUUACUUUUGUUCCUAACUCUCUCUCGGGGGCAGGAAUAUUAUGGGCUACUCUGUAGCUAUUUCCUGCUCUAUACUAUUUUCUAUAUUAAACAGUGAAUACCUAUAUAUCAGAAAUAUUCACCGGAUGUUGGCAUCUGAGAAAUAAAAACAUAAUUGGCAAAAGUUAGAGAGCUACACACGUGGGCUUUGGGUUCCCUGCCGGACAGGAGGCCGCUGGCUUUCUGGGAGAGACAGUUCUUCCGGCAUCCCUAGUCCCUGUCUCCAUGGCAACCAAAACCACCCUCCACAUUCCCAACCACCCCUGGCUGGCAAACUGUGGUGGUCGUUAAGGUCCCUGCCAAGCCUGUAGCUCCAUAUAUCUGUGUAUGGCGUUUAGGACAAUGAUGGCAGGGCCAGAGCUGCUAGUGUGGCUCACAGUCGAUCCUGUAUGAAGACCAGAUCUGGAUGGGGCUGGCGGCGGCCUGAGGGGUCUGCACGGUGGGCUGGGGCUGGGCACUGGGCAGGCACAUUCUAGGCGGAAGCGUCAGCUGUGCACAGGAGUGGUGGCUGGAAUGGCUGCCGGUGUUGGGAGGAGUGUGGAAAUUCCCCAUGGCCCCAAGGCUGAGAGACCAUGUGGUGGAGAGGGGCUUCCCCUGUGUACCACGGGUGGCCAGUGAAGCCUCCGGAGGGGCACACUCUGGCUCCCCCCCCCCGCCCCCGGGGGCAGGCUUUUCCACCCCGCCCCUCUGGGCUGAGAUGUCACCGGGUUCUCUCACUCCUGGGUCAGAACUGUAAAGAGUGCAAGUGCACAGGGUUGACCACAGAGGAUGAAGUCGCCGCCCGUGAUGAGAGCGCCAGUUCAAGGCCCUCUGCCCCACUGGUGAGCCAGCUGCAUGCUAAUGUGCCUGGGGAAGCAGUGGAGCAUGGCUCAAGUCCUUGGACCCCUGCACCCAUCGGGGAGAGUAGGAUGGACUUGCAGGCCCCUGGCUUCAGCCUGGCCCAGACGCAGCCAUUGCAGCCAUAUGGGGAGUGAACCAGCAGAUGAAAGUCUUCUCUUUCUCUCUGUAACUCUGCCUUUCAAAUAAAUACAUAAAUCUUAAAAAAAAAAAAAAGAUGCAGCUACACAGCGGGGAUUUCUUUUUCUGGUGGUGCUCGGGUGGGAGAAUGAUUUGGAGGUGAUGGUGUGCUACCCAAGCGUAUUAACGUGUGGCUGAGAGUAUGAAUGAGUGUACUUACCUGUGCAUGGCCACCUAUACACAGGCUGUUCAUUCAUUCACUCAACACAGCGGCAAACACAAGCUGAUCCCCUCCCUGUGGAGCGUGUCAUCCAGCAGACCUAGUAGAGCAGAAAGG